UGCCCAGAUGCGUGCGCAGUUUGGAGCGUCUGCUUUUGACACAUUCAGAAGUGACAGUUGGGAGGGAAGCUUCACAAUCAAGAACUGCGGAAGAGCAUUUUUUUUUGUAUAUAACUUUUUCAAACGUGCGUAAGACAGAAAAAAUGGUCGUCGGCCAUGGAACGGAAUGGUGUUUCCUUAUAUCAGUAUUUUUAGUAAUAAUGGCGAUGAAACCAUGCGAGAGCAUGACAACCUCGAAACCAGAAACUUGGACGGGACGGUGGCUUCCUGAAAGAACUACGGAAGCUGCUCAUGAUGUGAAUCAUAAUUUAAAGGAUGCUAAACAUGGAGUUAAAAUGGGCGUUGCUUCGAGGUUCUGUGAUGAUGCAGAGACAAACCUGACAGUAGAUUGGAAUUACUCUCCAGUGAACUAUACAUGCUUCACUCCUAAAGACAGGUACAUUCCAGAUCCAACCUCUCCACCAUUGAUUGAAAAGGAAAACAUUCCAAAGGCAUAUGUGGCACAGCAUUAUUGCAUGGAUAAACACUUGGAGUAUGACAGAGACCUGCCUACAUUUGGUCCACAUCGUCCACUCUGGCCAAUAUAUGGAGAAUAUAAGUUUGUUCCAAGGCAGAGGUGGUUGCAUAGCUUGGAGCAUGGUGGCAUUGUAAUGCUUUACCACCCUUGUGCUGAUCCAUCAGAGGUAGAAGCACUUAAACAGUUGGUAAAGAACUGUCUUCGAAGGCAUAUUAUUUCUCCAUAUAACUUGUUGGAUUCCAAACGUCCAUUGGCUUUACUUGCUUGGGGAUGGCGAAUGACGUUUUCUGCAGUGCAACCUCAAAUUGUUCAAAGAUUCAUUAAAAUGCACGCUCUCAAAGGUCCUGAACGUAUUGCUACAGAAGGCCAGUAUGAUGCACUUUUGGAAAACAUGGCAGAAGUUGUAUCAGAUUUUGAAGACAGUGAUCUCUGCCCGAAUCAGUGAGAUGGACUGCCCCUCUGGUUCUGCAGAUUUGACAAUUUGUGCUAGUCAGCUUAUAUAAAGCAUCACUUUUGAGUUGAUAUGCUUUGUAACUAGGUGCCCCAUACUUUAAAGAAGAGUCUUAAUGAAAUUUUAUCUCCUAAAUGAGAUGAAAAGAAUAUAAACAGGGUGUUCCAAAAUUCCUAUUAAAUAAUUCUAUGGGUUGAUGUAGGCAUUACAUUUAAGCAUAGGAACUAUUCUGUAAUUAGUAACUGACCUGUGUGGUUUUAACCCUUGCACUGCUACUGAUAUUUUUUUAGGUAGUUAACUACAAAAACUGCUAAAUAUGACCUCCAUGUUUGUUGUCCAAAUAAAAUACGCACAAAGUUCUACUACAGUCAGGUGUAAAGUGAAUCAUUUCUGCCAUAUUCAAAGCCUGUUUUUGUAAAACAUUUGCUUAUGUACCCAUACACAAAAAAUUAGACAAAAUCAAAAGUACCUUCCAUGGUGGCCAAGCAUAAGGUUCACAUGAACUUGGUUUCCUCCCUUGAACACAGCAAUUUUUUUUUUUUCCCCCACAGGUUCUGCAAAAUAUAUGUGCAUACUUCAAAGUUGAAUAUUCAGUGACAUACCAUCCAAGAGCUCUACUAGAACUUCCUGCAGGAGAAUAAAGUGCUUUUGGAUCAUUAGAUGGAGAGAUCUAUGGCCCAUGCACUCAUUGAAGAUACUUGUCCAUACAUUGAAGCUGAAAGUGUGCUGAAAUCUGUCUGAGCACUUCAUGUGAGUCCAGGAAAUCUUCAGAUGUUACAUCAACAAUAACAAUGAUCAAAAUGGCAUCUAAGUACAAACUAAGGCAGUAUCACUGGACAUACGGUGUUGGAAAUUUCACACGUCACUGGAUAACAUUUUAUCUGUAAUGUCCCCUCUGAAACUUCUAAAUGUGUAAACUUGGAAAUAUGGUACACCCUGUCUUUUCUGUGAUGUUCUCCUGUAUCUUACUGUUUUACUUUCAUUCUGAUAUAUUUGUGAAUAGUCAGUGUUACAGCAUAUUAUUUACUGGAACAUAAGCAACAAUUUUUUUUCUGGCAAAUCAUUCCAUGUACAUUCUGUUCUGUAUGUCUGUACUUCAUUUAUGUGGUCUGUGCUUUUAUCAUUAAACACGUUACUAAUCUAGAAUUUGGAACUUAA